AUAUUUAUCCAAACAUCAUUGCCAUGGGCUUUCCUGCGGAGAGACUUGAAGGUGUAUACAGAAAUAACAUAGAUGAUGUAGUGAGAUUUCUGGACUCAAAGCAUAAAAAUCAUUACAAGAUCUACAAUUUGUGUGCGGAGAGACAUUAUGAUACCAACAAAUUUAGCUGCAGAGUUGCACAGUAUCCGUUUGAAGACCACAACCCACCACAGCUAGAGCUCAUCAAACCUUUCUGUGAAGAUCUUGACCAGUGGUUAAGUGAGAAUGAGAACGUAGCAGCUAUACAUUGUAAAGCCGGCAAGGGCCGGACGGGGGUUAUGAUUUGUGCCUAUUUGCUACACAGAGGCAAAUUUCCUAGAGCACAAGAAGCCCUAGAUUUUUAUGGAGAAGUACGGACCAGAGAUAAAAAGGGAGUCACAAUCCCCAGCCAAAGGCGCUAUGUAUAUUACUAUAGCUACUUGUUAAAAAAUAGCCUGGAAUACAGACCGGUGCCCCUGCUCUUUCACAAGAUUGAGUUUGAAACAAUUCCAAUGUUCAGUGGCUCAACAUGCAAUCCCCAGUUUGUGGUUUACCAGCUGAAAGUCAAGAUCUUCACAUCAACGGCAGGUCCCAAGCGAGCAGAGAAGUUAAUGUAUUUUGAUUUCCCCCAGCCUUUGCCUGUUUGCGGGGACAUCAAGGUAGAAUUUUUCCACAAACAGAACAAAGUCAUGAAAAAGGAAAAGAUGUUCCAUUUUUGGGUAAACACAUUCUUCAUACCAGGACCGGAAGAGUAUUCAGAAAAAGUAGAAAAUGGAACGUUAGUUGGGGAGCAGGAGCUUGACGGCAUCUACAGUACAGAACGUUCAGAUAACGACAAGGAAUAUCUCACCCUCGCUUUAACUAAAAACGACCUAGACAAAGCUAACAAAGACAAAGCCAACAGAUUAUUUUCCCCAAACUUCAAAGUGAAGCUAUUUUUCACCAAGACCGUAGAAGAAUCUUCAAACUCCGAAGCGAGCAGCUCGACCUCCGUAACGCCGGAUGUUAGUGACAAUGAACCUGAUCAUUAUCGAUAUUCUGACACCACUGACUCUGAUCCAGAGAAUGAACCUUUUGAUGAAGAUCAGAUCACACAAAUUACAAAAGUCUGA